GCAUGCGGUCCACAAAUGAGAGACAUAAUAAGACCCGUAGGGCCGCCGGGAAUAGAUGGAUGCGAUGGGAAUCAGGGAAACCCAGGACCUAAGGGUUCAACCACUCAGAAAGGGAUGCGUGGGAUACAAGGACCGCACGGGCACAAGGAAGUCAAGGCGAUAAGGGAGAGAUGGGGCCGCAAGGACGAAAGUCCAAGAGAGUUGGCUACAAGGAGAGGAAGGAGAUAUAGGAAUAAUGGGAGAAGGAAAAAAGCAACAGGCAAUGAAAUUAGUGGGAGAUAUCGAAAAUUUUAUAAAGCAAAGUUCCAUAAAAUUUCCAAGCUUCAGCAUCAUCACCAUCAUUAUUCGUUAUUAUAUUAA